GCAGCAGUGCCUGAAGAUAUGACAACAAGCUUUGAUCCUAGUGAGCCAUCAUUAGAAUCACUGAUAUGUUUGGUUGCCAUUGCACUGCUUACCAUUUUCUUAUUUCUUUGGAGAGGAUAGCGAUCAAUUCAGAGCCGACUUUAUUUGAGUAAAGAGAAUAGACUGGUUGUGGAACUUGCAAUGGAAAUAAAAAAGAAAUGUGAUCUAAUUGACAAAGUGUGCCUUGCUCAAGAGGAGUAUGAAGGCUUAGAGUCAUCCUGAAAGGAGGCCAACUUUGACAAGGCAUCAACAGAAGUACAGAGUUUGAAGGUAAAAACAAAAGCAACUUAUAACAAUCUAGAAAGAAAUAAAUCUAAACUUGAAGAAGAAAUAUUACUUAUAGAGAAGAAACUAGAAGAAGAGAGAGCUAAACGUUAUGAAGAAGAGGAAUUGAUGAGUGACCUUUCAAAAAUGAUGCAGUCUCUAGCAGAUGAAUCACAGUCUGUCAAAUCACAGCUAGCUGAAGCCAAAACCACACUAAGAAUAAUUGAAAUAAAUAAAGAACGACUUAAAGGAGUAAUAACAGAUAACUUGAAUGAAAAUUCUCAAUUUCAGGAAAGCAUGCUUCAGUAUUUAGAAGAAGCUAAAAUCAUGAAAGAACAAAUGAAUCAACUCAAUAAACAGAAAAUAGCAAUCGAAGUAUCUAAUGUACAGGCCGAGCAACGCCUAAAAGUUAAGGAAAAUCAGAUCAAGAUAAUGGCUUGUUGGUCUCUGAUGGAGAGCCUGUUAAGGAUGAAAGACUGGAUUCCUGUGCUUGGGAAAGAUGUAACUGAUGAUGGUAAUCUGGAUGUAGAAGUGAACAAUGACUUAGAGAAUAACUGCACUUUCUAUCUUCCUGAGUUUAAGGGCUUCAUUAAAACCCUAGAAGGAGACAGAAACCAAAGUUAUACUCAGUUAUCUGAAAUAGAUGUAACAAAUGAUGAUCAUAUAGAGCAUAUGCGAAGUCUCAAGUCUGAACAAGUGUCUCUGCAGUCAGGUAAUACACAACUUGAAAUCGAGAAACAGAAGCUUCAAAGGAAAAUCACAGUGAUGCGGGAGCUGUACCAAGACAAUGAAAGGAUGCUUCACAGGAAAAUAACAGUGGAGGUAAAUUGUAGAUUGGAGAAAGAGGAAGAAGUUUCCAAAGUGAACAAGAGAACUAGCCAUGUGAACAAGGAACUAGAGACCUAUAGACGGCGUGCCAAGGAUAUCGAAGAAGAAUUGGAGAGAACAAUUUGCUCCUAUCAAGCGCAGGUUAUUGCUCAUGAACAAAGGGCACAUGACUAUUGGAAGGCACCUUUCCCCAUCUCUAGCAUUCCUGAAUGCAAUGCGGUUGCUCAUGAUUUGAUUCCUCCACUGGAUCCUUUGGUCAGAAGCCCUAGAGGCUCUGCCUUUCCUGGGAAUCCAAGGGGCCCAAUCCUGCCUCCACCUCCUCCUGGAAACAUCUGUGGAGAUUCCGGACAGUAUGUCACACCCAGGGACUUUGCAGGCCCACCUUUCUCUCCAGUGCCAGAUGGGCCAGCAUCCUCCAUGUUGGAAUACAAGAAGAAUGUCACUAAAACAGUUCCUGGGAAGGCAAGUGUGCCCAACUUUGUCCCUGCUGAAUGCCAACCAGCUGGCCAUGGCUUGAUUCCUCUAUUUGUUCCCAAGGGAGAAAUGUGCGCAAAUGAAGGGGCUUUCCAUCAUAUCUUCCCCCAAGAUUCAAGUUCUUCCACCACUCUUACAUCUCAAAGUAGAAAUGAGAGUUCUCAGGACUUGAAUCCUACUCUCAGUCAACAUGCACCAGAACCUCCAUCCUGCACUGGAACAUCUGGAGACAGAGGAGACCUGACCGAUUCCUCGGCAUCCAUUUUCUUUUUAGAUGAAGUUCAGGUAACUGAUGUUCCUAUGUGA